UCCAAAAUUGAACAUACUCCCAUUUCAUACAAACUUUAAUUAGGCGUAUUAGUUUAAUCCAUACGAACGCCCUGAAUUAUGUAAUGAUGUCUUCGAAAUAUUUCUUCGUCUUUUUCCCCUCUGCAACUCUGCGACUGUUAUAGCCUGCACGUCGCCACUGACACCCAACAAAGCAGCUGAAAUAGGGACACCCACCGCAGUUGCUUCUACUUCUCACGCCAUUACUGAUUAUCACAGCAAAAUCCACCCUAAACCGAAUUUCUACUCUUUUGCUUGAUGGGAGUCUCUUUUGUUUGUGGGUAUUCACGGUUCUGGCCUCACAGAGCCAUUACAUGAGGUUUCUCUUUCUGGGUCUUUGCGAUGACGACCACCCAAAACUCCCACGUUGUCGCAAUGGAGGUAGGAGAAGUAGAACAGCCACGCCGGACUUCAGCCGCCGGCGCUGACGCCUUACUAGCCUCCGAUGAUGUGCGGAAGUCGAGGGCUGAGAUUGUGGGGGCGGCGGCGGAGAAAAGAAGGGGAUCCUCUGUGUCGGAGUGCUCUGUAGAGAUGGAUCUGGAAUGUGGGUUGGCUGAGAUUAAGGUACAUUUGACGAAAAUGGAGAGGGAUUGUCGGAUUUGCCACCUGAGUUUGGAUGCUUCUAAUCAGGAAUCUGGAAUCCCCAUUGAGUUGGGUUGUUCUUGCAAGGAUGAUUUGGCUGCUGCUCACAAGCACUGUGCUGAAGCUUGGUUCAAGAUCAAGGGCGACAUCACAUGUGAGAUCUGUGGAUCAAUUGCACACAAUGUUACUGCUACUUAUGAACCUGAUUCAACAGAGCAACGCAACGACUCAAACGACGCAACGACAGCAACCGCAGCAGCAGCAGCAGCUGUGGUAGUGCCAUAGGUUCGGAACUUCUGGCAGGGCCAUAGGUUCCUGAAUUUCUUACUCGCCUGCAUGGUUUUUGCCUUUGUCAUAUCAUGGCUGUUUCACUUCAAAAUACCCUCAUAGUGAAAAGCUUCAGCUAUCUCUUCAUUCUGCAACAGCUCGAAAGCUCCCUGAAAUGGAUGCAUCUGUAAGUUUGUAUAUUGUUAUUAAGGUUGUUGUGUAUUUUCUUAAAAUAGCAUACUGAAGACAGACAGACAGGUUGGAUUGUUGGAUGAUGAAUUUCACAAUCAGUUAAUGUUCGAAAAGAUGCCGGAACCACUCAUCCUA